AUGUCGAUUGGUGCAUCUCUUGUUGGGUUUCACACAUCAAUAAGGCCUGUGAUUGCAGUUGAUGGGACAUUUUUGAAAGCAAAGUACUUAGGGACUUUAUUUAUUGCAGCGUGUAAAGAUGGCAACAAUCAGAUAUACCCUUUAGCCUUUGGGAUUGAUCGACAUGGUAGCAUUGAAAAAGCAGUACAUAAAGUAUUUCCCCAUGCGAGGCAUGGUGUCUGCACUUAUCACGUUGGACAAAAUUUGAAGACAAAGUUCAAGAAUCCUGCAAUUCAUAAGUUGUUCCAUGAUGCCGCCCAUGUUUAUCAUGUUUCAGAGUUUAAUUUUAUAUUUGGGCAACUAGAGAUGAUUGACCCAAGAGCAACAAGACAUUUGAUGGAUAUAGGUGUUGAUCGAUGGGCACGUUCAUAUUCUACCAGAAAAAGAUAUAAUAUCAUGACGACAGGGAUCGUUGAAAGCCUUAAUGCUGUGUUGAAAAAUGCUAGAGAUCUUCCAGUUUUGCAAUUGGUUGAAGAAUUGAGAAACUUACUUCAAAAAUGGUUUGUGACUUGUCAACAACAAGCAAUGUCAAUGUCAACUGAACUUACCAUGUGGGCUGAUGGAGAACUUCAUUCGAGGUAUAAUAUGUCAGCAACAUAUCUAGUGGAACCUAUCAACUCCAAGGAGUGUAAUGUUAACUAUGCUAGCAUUAGUGCUCAAAUGGAACAAAUGGGUUUGCAGGGUAAGGAAGAGACACAACACAAGGGAAAAUUGGAGUUGGAGGGAAAAUGGGCUGAAAAGAUAGCUGAGGGGGUAUUUUUGUCCGAAUUGGGUCAUUUUUGA